AUGGGGGAGGAGACGCACCAGAGCGUGCAGGAGCUGGCGGCGUCGCUGUGCGCGCUACCGCGGGAGUUCGUGCGGUCUGAGCACGACCAGCCGGGCGCGACCACGUACCGCGGGGCCGCCGCGCCGGACGCGCCGGUGAUCGACAUGUCGGAGCCCGGGUUCGGCGCGCGCAUGGCCGUAGCCGCCAGGGAGUGGGGGCUGUUCCAGGUGGUGAACCACGGCGUGCCCUCCGCGGCGGUGGCCGAGCUCCAGCGCGUCGGGUGGGCCUUCUUCGCGCUGCCGCGGGAGGAGAAGGAGCGCUACGCCAUGGACCCGGCGUCGGGCAAGAUCGAGGGCUACGGCACCAAGCUGCAGAGGGACCUCGAGGGCAAGAAGACGUGGAACGACUUCUUCUUCCACGUCGUCGCGCCGCCGGAGAAGGUGGACCACGCCGUCUGGCCCGAGAGCCUCGCCGUUGCCGGGUACAGGGAGGCGAACGAGGAGUACUGCCGCCACAUGCAGCGCCUGACGCGCGAGCUGUUCGAGCACCUCUCGCUGGGGCUCGGCCUCCACGAGGGCGCCAUGGCGGAGGCGUUCGGCGGCGACGGCCUGGUGUUCCUGCAGAAGAUCAACUUCUACCCGCCGUGCCCGCAGCCGGAGCUCACGCUCGGCGUCGCGCCGCACACCGACAUGAGCACGCUCACCGUCCUCGUGCCCAACGAUGUGCAGGGCCUCCAGAUCUUCAAGGAUGGUCAGUGGUACGACGCCAACAACGGGACGUACAAGGCGGUGCUGCACCGUACGACGGUGAACAAGGUGAAGACGCGGAUGUCAUGGCCGGUGUUCGUGGAGCCGCCGGGGGAGCUCGUCGUCGGGCCGCACCCGAAGCUGGUCACGGACGAGAGACCGGCCAAGUACAAGGCCAAGAAGUACAAGGACUACCAGCACUGCAAGAUCAACAAGCUCCCCAUGUAA